AUGACUACUGGGACUGCUCGUACCGGACGUUUACCCAGUGCAAAAAAUCUAACGUUGAAUCGUUGGUGGACAAGCAGUUUUACUGGUCAACCGAUAGCAUUUGUUGAUCAAUUCAUAUUGUUCUACGCUGUCGAUGAUGGUUUAAGGUUCCAUGAGUUUACGACUGUUGAAACUCAAAAAAGUUUUACUAUAUCAGCAAACGGCUUAGGAGUUGGAGUUAUAGCUGGGAAUCCCGACGCUCAUGUUUAUGCAUUCAGUGAUUUACAACCAUCACCAUCCAUUCAUAUACGAGAAUAUCCUAGUUUAACGGAAUUAACAACGUUAUCUGGCGCUGCUGAAUUCGAAUAUAGUGCUUUGGAAUUUUCAACUACCGAUGAACUGUUAUCAUUGUCAGUCGGUCCUGAUUAUCUUUUAACUGUCUGGGACUGGAAAAAAGGUGUUAAAUUAGCUCAAAAAGAAACAGCACAAAAAGAAAUAAUCGAAGUCAGUUUUAAUCCAAAUUCGUGGCAUGAUAUUGCAAUACUGUAUAAAGAUCAAAUUAAUUUGUAUACAUGUGAACGUCGGGAUGAUAAAUAUACUUUAUCAGAACGUGUAUUGCCGUUAGAGUUAUUUAAUCAAACUGUUUCAUAUACUCAGCAAUCUUCAUCAUCGAAAACAAAUCCACAAAAUCGCAUCUCAGAGUUGAUUCGUUUAUAUCCAAGUCGAUUUUCUUACACAUUAAUGGAUAAUACAAUAAGUGCUGAUAAAGCAUCCAGCAUCACGCUUGUGGCGUUUGACACGGAAAAUGAAGAAGCACUUCAAACAUACAUGGAUGUUCGGGAAAAUUUGAUAGCAACGUCAUUUUGUUGGGGUGACAAAGGUUUUAUUUAUAUUGGUACAGCGGAUAAUUCAUUAAUACAAGUUAUAUUACAAUUUGAUCGUGAAAAAAUAUUAUCUCGUACUACACGUUUUGCUGAAGAAGAGGGUAAUGUUGAAAUGUGUAUGUUUAAAAAAAUUCGUUUGCAUAAACUUGGUUUAUUUGCUGCUGGUACCGAUGAUGUUGUACGUUUGGUUACGUUUGAUAAUCAAGAAGAUAGUUUACAAGAAGCAAAUGGUGUAUCAGACUUAAUGCAAUUAGAUGGAAAAUUGACACAUAUUAAUUUUAAUUUAUCGUGUACAUUAUUAUUUGUUAGCUCAUUACAAGGACUCGAUAUUCUGGAUUUGUCGACAAUGGCAUCUCGAUCUCCAUUAGUACCGGUUUCUAUAGGAAAAAUUAUUGAUGUUGCCAUACUUAAUCCAUUAAAUGAAUAUGUUAUUACAAUAAGAGAGACGGGCACAGUAGAAGCAUGGUCAAUGACUGAUGGAUUAAGAAGCUUUUUUACACAAAUUCCUAAUCAAGUGAGCCAUAUUGUAGCAAGUCCCUUGUUACCACUUAUUAUUGUUACAUCAGUUACUGGACAGUUUUAUUUUUUGGCAGUAAUUGAAAAUAAUUUUCGACUAUUACAUUCGAUGCGAAUUCAUUCAAGCGAUAUUAAAUGUAUUAAAUUUAAUUCAAAUGGCAAUCUAUUAGUAUCGGCUGGUACUGAUAAUAGUUUAUUUCUAUUGGAAAUUACAGUAGAUAAUGCUCAUUCAGGUGAAGAAAUGUUUCAUGUAUUGAAUCGUACUGAAUUAGAAGGUGAACCAUUUGCUGUUGAAUUAGAAGAUUUUGAACUUCACCGUGCGGCACAUGAAGACGUGAGCCACAAUUUUGAUGAUUUGGGUGGAACAGCGGUAACACGUUUAUAUCAAACACGUGUGGUUGUUGCAAUGACAACAAAAGCCGAUAAAUAUGGAAGAUUGCUUGUAUUAGAUCUAGAUUGGCAAUUUAAUAGAGAUGCUUAUGGACGAGUGACGACACGACAAACCACUAUGUCCUCUGAUAAUGGUAAUAACGAACAAAGAACUGAAAAGUUAUACAGUAACAAAGUUUAUUUUGGUUUACAUGAGACAAUCGACGAUUUGUUAUUGAUAACUAAAAAUCAAAUUCUGACUGUAGCUGGAAAAUUAUUGAGAAUGUGUAGAAUACCAGAAGAAACUCGUCAACUCAACAAAUUGGUUGCUAUUGAACCACAAGAUAUUGUUCAAACAUUACCAUCAACUGGAGGCCAUUUAUACAAAAGCAACGCGUUACCAUCUUGUGCCAUAGCUAUUAGUCGAGAUGGAAUAUUAUCUGUUAUUCAUCUCUCAGAUUUGAGCAUACAAUCAGUAUUUAACGUACAUACACCAUUAUCAGGAGGAUGUCAUAAAUCAAUAUGGAGUUUAGAUUCAAAAUUUAUUGUUUCCAUUAGUGAAGAUAGUACAAUUGUCGCAUUUCAAUGCAAACAUCAUGGUAAAUUGGAUCAACGAUUUAGUUUGUCUUCUGAUGAAUAUAGAAGUAAAAUUCAACAUUUAAAAGAUACAAGGACGUACGAAAAUGAACCAACAUCAUUGUUUAAACAAAUAAAUCAAAAAUAUGAAUCAUAUCAGGAAAAAUUUCGACAAGUAGGCAUUACCCCGCCAACAGCUCCAGAACCAGACUUGUCAUGGAUUCAAUUAAAAGAAUACGAAGCAACAUUACGCGAUUUUGAUCAACAUUUACGUACAAAAGUUGAUAUUAGGCGAGAAUUAGAUGCAAUUCGAGCAGAGUUGGGUCAAUUAAUCUCAAUAAAUGAUGGCCGUGAAGAAAAGGCUCGUCUGGAUCGUCGAGACUUUGAUUUGGAUGUUGAGGAACAAGAUCGACAAAAAAAAGAACGAGAUGUAAAAAUUACCAAGAUUCGUGAAGAAACUUUAAUGCAAAAUUUACAAAAAUUAAUGCAACGUGAAGUUAUUAAACAACAAUGUUGGGAUUCAAUGUCAGUAAAAGGCCGAUGUAUCGAAGGUUUUUACAGUGGUUUACAAGUUGAAAAUUAUCCUCUUGUAUUACGAACACUAGAAGAACAGGAGAGUAUACGUCAAACAAUUGAGCGACGACGAAUUGAAAUAGCAGAAAAAAAACUUCGACGACAAAUUUUGAAUGAUGAAUUUAUUUUACAGGAAACAGGAGAGUUGCCAACGCAUAAUGAUCAUAUAAGUCGUGAAAUCAAUUAUGAAAAUGAAGAAGAAGUGAAAGAAUCAGAAAAACAAUCGAUAGCCUUACUCGGCUCAGUCAGUAAUGAAUUUAAUGUUGAUACUAGUGUGCUGUAUAGUCAAUUUGAACUUUAUACAAUCGAACAAAAGUGGACCCAAAUUGCACUUAUUCAAGAUCUCAUCUAUAAGUUAAAAGAAGCAUUUAAUCGUGAAUUUGAAGAAGUUCAUCAAAAAAAGUUACAAGAAUUAGCCAAAAUACGUGAACGAAAUACACGAAUAAAACAGAUUAAUUAUGAUAUUGAUGAUAAAACACAAGUUUGGGAACCAGAUCUAUCGGAAAAGGAGAAUCCAAAUUUAUUAUUUGAUGUUAAAGAAAAUGAAGUUAAUGUUGAACGAUAUUAUACGCCUGAACAACUAAAACAAUUAGAAGAACAACGUCUAGCGGAAGAACGUCGACGUGAACUGGAAAAAUCAGAUAACUGGAGAGAGCGUGGUUUACAAGAAAUGAUGGGUGGUGUACUGCAAGUUCGACGAGAAGAUGAACUGAAAAAAGAAGUACCAAAACCAGCGUUUGCUAUUGAAAAAGCUGAAGAAGAUUGGACAGAACUUGAACGUCAACAAUAUCAAUUGUAUUUACAAAAAGUGAAAGAAAUUCAAGAAGAACGGGAAAAAUUGCGAAAAGUUCUAACAGCAGAAUUAACUAAAAUUAAUGAACAAAUUAAAGAAAAUUGUUUAGGUUUUGAACAAAUUUUACAACAACUUCAUCGACGAAAACUUCUUGCUCAAACUGCCAUUUUACAAGAAGAAUUAAAAAUAAGUCGUAUAGCUUAUUCGCUUGUAAAAGAUCGUUUUAUUGAACAAUUAGAAGAAAAAUAUGUUGAACGUGCACGAAUACUUCAAGAAAAACUUAAUGAAUUAGAAGUAUCAAAAUUAGCAUUAGAAAUGGCAGCUGGUAUUGUUGAACAAGAACGAAAACGACUUAAACAAGAUGAUUCAUUUGAGAGAAUGUUUCCGAGAGAAUUUGCUGAUGUACCAUCAGCAUUACAAGAAGCACUCAAACGACAACUGACUAAAAAACCAAAACUGAAACAAGUGACAAAACCGGUUGGUGAAUUUAAUCCUUAUUCGGCUCAUCAAACUCGAUCAAUUGAAAUAGAAUUGGAAAAACUUCAAUUAGAAGCUGAUUCAUUUACAAAUGCACCAGCUAAUAUUGUUAAAGAUGUUUGGGAACGUUUUGUAGAAUAUCGAAGAAAAAAAUUAGAUCUUGAAAAGGAGAUACGUCAACAAGAACAAGAAGAAAUAAUUAUUAAAAAUUUGAAAAAUGCACGUGAAGGUGAAAUGAUACGAAAAACUCAGGAAAUUGAACAAAUUCGUAAUUUAUCUAACACAACAAUUGAUUCUCGUGUUGAUGAUCUUAUUGACUUGUACGUUCAAGUUGUUCUCAAACAAGGUCAGAUUGAAAUUGAAUCACCACCACCAGAUGUGCCACCUGAUCAAUAUCGCUGUAAUGAUUGUGAACUUAUUCAUCGUCGUGAAGUUGAAGAUUUAAAUAAACUAAUUAUAGAAUCAGCUAAUCUCAAAAUUAAACAAAUGGAAAAAUCGAAACGCGUCUGUAAUGACUUAUAUGCUAUGGAAUGGGAUAAAAAGAAAUUGAAUUACGAAAUAACAGAUUUAAAACAACGUGCACAAGAUAUUACAUUUUUAAAAGUGACAAGAAAUAUUCAAGAAUAUUUGGCAUGUGCAGAUGACACAGCAUUUGAUCUUAAAAAUCAACGAGAAAUACAAAUGUUUGAAAAUACAAUUGAAAAAAUGAAACAGCGUUUUGAAGAACAACAAAUUAUAAAAGAUAGUGAAGUACAAAGAUUACAACGGGAUAACCUUGGUAUUGCAAAUACAACAUUAGCUGUAGAUGAAGCACUUCAAAAUGCUAAUGUAAAUCUAUAUGAACGAAAAAAUAUUAUCGAUGAUCGUAUUGUGGAACAAUCUAAAACAUCACAAAAUGAUCGUAUGAAACAAAUUGUUCGACGUCGACGAUUAGUUGAUUUAGCUAAAGCACAAGCUCAAGAAGUGGCAUAUUUGAGAGCAGAAGUCGAACGACUAAGAAUGAAAACAUUUCCAGCAUUGGUACAAAUUGAACAUUAA